AUGAUUAUUGCGCUACAACCAUUUGAAGUAAUGACUCAAUUAUGUGCUGUUAAUAGUAUGUUACCAUCAUAUCGUAUAAUUGCACCAGGAACAAUGAUUGAUUCAGCACAUUUCAGAUUAUUAAUUGGUGAAAAAUUAGAUAUAUCACCGACGAGUAUAACUGGAAUAAUGAUUGGUGGACAUGGACAUAAUAAUCUUCCGCUAUGGAAUUCAAUAACUGUUGGUGGUAUACAUUUACUGUCAGAAAAUUCGUCAAUAGGAAAAUCAUAUGAUAAAGAAAAUUGGAAUCAACUUCAUAUAAAUGUCAAUCAACGACAAGAAGAAAUUAUGAAAAUAAAAGGAACUGAAGUUUGGUCAAUAUCAAUGGCAUCCAGUGAACUUGUUGAAUGUAUACUUCGUAAUAAACGCGAAAUUCAUACAGUUACUGUUAAUAUUAAAGGUUAUUAUGAUGUUAAAGAGGAUCUUUUUAUUUCAAUUCCGGCUAUCAUUAGUCAAAAUGGAGUAUCUCAUUUAAUAACUACAAAGUUUUCUAAUCAUAAUAAUGAAAAUGAAUUUGCUACAAUAAUUCAAAAUAUACAAAUGAUCAUAAAAGAAAAACUAAAUAAUAUUUAA